GGAUUGUGCGCUUGUCCGGGCGGCCAUUGCGAGUACCUUGUAUAAUCCGCGAACGCGAUUGAGUGUCCGGUGAAAUCCAAGAAAAUCAGUGACCAUCCUUAGCGCAAGGUGCUCCGUGUGAAGCCCGGGACUCGCCCGAAACCCCAGGCCGAUGGCUGAGACCGACAAAUUGAAUAUCGAUAGCAUCAUAGCCCGGCUCUUAGAAGUGCGGGGAGCUCGACCUGGAAAAAAUGUCCAGCUGACCGAAGGUGAAAUUCGAGGCCUCUGCCUCAAGUCUCGUGAAAUAUUUCUAUCCCAGCCCAUUCUACUGGAAUUGGAGGCUCCCCUGAAAAUUUGUGGGGACAUCCAUGGACAGUACUAUGACUUGCUGCGGCUCUUUGAAUACGGAGGUUUCCCACCAGAGAGCAACUACUUAUUUUUGGGUGAUUAUGUAGACAGGGGGAAGCAAUCAUUGGAAACGAUCUGCCUCCUGCUUGCCUACAAGAUCAAGUAUCCUGAGAAUUUCUUUUUGCUUAGAGGAAAUCAUGAAUGUGCAUCGAUCAACAGGAUAUAUGGCUUUUAUGAUGAGUGUAAACGUCGAUACAACAUCAAACUCUGGAAAACGUUUACUGACUGCUUCAACUGCUUACCAGUCGCAGCAAUUGUUGAUGAGAAGAUCUUCUGUUGUCACGGAGGUUUGAGUCCGGAUCUCCAAAGCAUGGAGCAAAUAAGACGCAUCAUGCGGCCCACUGAUGUGCCUGACCAGGGAUUACUCUGCGAUUUGUUAUGGUCAGACCCGGACAAAGAUACAAUGGGUUGGGGGGAAAACGAUCGUGGUGUUUCAUUCACUUUUGGUGCUGAAGUUGUUGCCAAAUUCUUACAUAAACACGAUUUUGACCUCAUUUGCCGUGCUCAUCAGGUGGUUGAAGAUGGUUACGAGUUCUUUGCUAAACGUCAAUUGGUUACAUUAUUUUCUGCACCAAAUUACUGUGGUGAAUUUGACAACGCGGGCGCAAUGAUGUCCGUUGACGAGACUCUGAUGUGUAGUUUUCAGAUUCUGAAACCAGCCGACAAACGGAAGUUCACUUACGGUGGUCUGAACGCAGGAAGACCUGUCACACCGCCACGAGGUGCCAACAACAAAAACAAAAAGAAGUGAAUCCCUUAAUGUUCACUCGAACAACAUUUAGGACUGUAAGACCUUUCCCGCCCUCUCCUACCCCCGCCCGCCCUUUAAGACAUUAAGUCCUUGUAAGAAAGAAUUCUAUUAUUAUGAAUACAUGAACCUGCGGAGCCAUCCACAAUCGAUAAUACAAAUGAGGACAGCUUGGAAUAACGUUGCAAGUCUGAUUUCCUGGGUGCCGCACAUAAAGUAGAAGGACCUAGAAUGGCACAAAUCAAGCAACAAUUUUGUCUACCGUGGACUUAGGACUGAGACAUAUAUAGGUAGACUUAUUUUUAAUCAUAGUUAUUUUGUUUCCUUUUGAAUAUAUACACCGCGGAGUAAAAAUAUGUUGAGGAAAAUCGGUUACAAAGAAUGACGUUCAGACAUGUGUUACAGAUGACAAUUAGGUACUUACAUUGACUAUUAAUCCGAAACUUUAACUAGACUGAGACAAUUGGUUUUAUUAUAUCGAUUUCUUGGUCAGUAGAACUUUUUGGGUCGUGCAGUUUUUGAAAGGAAUAAAACAAACUCCUUUCAGCCUCUUCUUAACAAAAUUAAUAACUUUAUUAGCGCUUACUACGUAUACCGAAAUAUUCGAGGGUGUGUCAAUGCUCUCGAAAAGAGAAGAAGAAGAAUUACAAACAUAAAAUGAGUCAUUUACUCUAGUUAUUUCAGUCUUGCCGUGAUCAAUGUAAGGACAUUAAUAUUAGCAUUGAUUUUUAAACAAUAAUUAACCUUCUCUGGGGACCGUAGGCAACAAGGUAGGCAAUCAACACGAAGUAUUUUGAUGGAAUGAAUUAAAAAAUUGUGCCCCACGAAUGACUUGCUAAUGGCUGAAAAUGUGUUUUUAGAUGUUAUUUAUGAAAGAUAGAACAAAUUAAAUACAAAACAUCUACAACUGUUCUUGUCAAAUGCGAUGCUGCGAAAUGCUUUUUUGUUUCUAAGUUUAGUUAAAAUAUACGAAUUGUAAACUGAUGUGAAAAUAAAUAUUCAGGAAAAGAUCGGUUCGUUACAUUUGAUAGGGGUACAAACGGGGUGACCAAAAUCGACUUGAAAAGUUGGGUAUUAUUACACUUCUCUGAUACCCAUUGAGGGCAAAGUGAUUUUUAGUCAACGUAGAACUUGCAACGUCCUUCCAAGACGGCCUUCAAUUCUUUGUAGUUAGAAAUUAGGAGGGGAUAAUAAUGAAUUUAAUAUUAUUAUGAAUAAUAAUAUUAAUAUUAACAAUAAUAAUAACAACAAUAAUAAUAAUAAUAAGAAUAAUAAUAAUAAAAGCAAACAGAAGUACACAUAUACCUAAAAGUGAGCAAGCAGCCAAAAGCGCAGUGCAAGAUUUUUGUGACGUCUCUCAUUUCAUAGUCCACGCGAGUUUUAUUAUUUUAAAAAAUUCAUCGUUCAUCACGAUCAUUCGCCAUUCUCAUUAUUUCGUCCCCUUAGCACCAUUAACUUUCUUUUGCGCACCUUAUUUCCUCAUAGAAAUUAAGUCUAAUUCGGAUGAUAUUGUCUUGAAUGAAAAAUGAUAAUUCAUCAGUCGAGGAUUGGCUAAAACCGCUUCCCUUAAUUGUACAUUAAAUUUUUUUUUUAUAAAUAAAGGUCACCGAAAAUACA